AUGGCGCCGACAGAACUCGACCGCAAGAAGCUCCAGCUCCAGCAGGAGAUCGCCCGGCUCUCAGGUACGCACCCGCCCCCGCCGCCCCCGCUCACCCCCACAGGCGCAAUCACCCGCCAUUCCCACUCGGCGGCCCAUCCCUACCACAACGCCCCCUCUUAUGCUGCCCGUGGCGGCCGAGGAAGAGGCGCAGCCAGAGGAAGAGGAAGAGGGCGCGGGCGCGGACGGGGUGCCUCCAACAGCUACUCUCUCGACCUCCGCGCCACAAAUCAAGGUCCCACGGCCACAUCAACUGCUACAGUAACAGGUGCACGGGAAGAAGGAGAGAUUUUGUCAGAGCCGGCACAAUCAUUUUCGUCGAAUAAAUGGGUGGCUACCAAUAGGGCAGAGAGUCGCAGCCUGAUGACAGCUGGCGAGCGGGCUCAACUGCACCCCAAGUCAACAAAGCCGAUGCACAAUAGCAGUAAGAAGACUCGAGGCCGCCUCCAUAUCCAGGCUCUACCUAGCCUUCAAGCGGGCGGUACCCCGCGAGUAUUUGUCGACAAGGUCUCUUACGAGUUCAACGUCGGUGGCAAGGGUCUCAGGAGGACCUCGGAGUAUCAAAUCCCAAACACCUUGGAGUGGUAUAUCGAGAAUGGAAAGACUAUCAAGGUUCUGGACGUCAAGUACAAAUUCCAGCCCAACGGAGAUCUUGUGCCUCUCAGACCAGCACUGUGUCCGACCUUCACCAAGACGGGCCGCUGCCGGAAAGCCCACAUCUGCCGAUCCAUACAUGACCCCAAUCGCGUCACCGCCUGCUUCAACUUUCUCAGAGGUCGCUGCGAGCUCGGCGAUGUCCUUUGCCCCCUGUCCCACACACCAACCGCCCACAACACUCCGUCAUGCGUGCGCUUCCAAGCCCUCUCGUACUGCACCCGUCCCAAUUGCCCAUUUCCGCACGUCAAGGUCGCUGCCGAUGCCCCCAUAUGCGAGGACUUUGCUCAUGUGGGCUGGUGUGAUAAAGAGGAGGGGACGUGUCAGGAUCUCCACUCCUGGGAUUGUCCCGAAUUCUGGUCGACUGGCAAAUGCUCCAAGGGAAAGAAGUGCAGACUCAGGCAUACUGUCAGAGCAGAGCUGGGGAGAGCACAACAGGCUGCCGCAGCCGCUGCUGUGGAAAAUGUUGAAAAAAAGAAGGCGAACGGGGCCAAGGCCGAGCCGGGAGGGUUUGAAGAGCAGACAGAAUUCAUCGAAUUUGACGAGGGUGCUCCGGCAAUGCCUCAGUCUGACGAUGAUGAUAGUGACCAUGACAGUGAUGACGACGAGUCGGAUGGUAAGCAAGAAGUGUCCGCUGACGAUUCCGAGUCCGACUCGGAUGAUGAUGAUGUGAAGAUCAUCUUUUAA